CAUCCUUGGGACUAUAAAAUAACUACGGACUGUUGUCAAUGGUCAGCGAAGUCCUCAGUGUGCAUUUUUGUAUUUUUUCAAGACUGGACCUAGUCUAUACGUGGAGUCAUGACAAACUUUGAGAAAUCAUGUGGCACGAACAUCCCAGCGGCACGGAUGACGUAUCUCCAUCGCCGUACUAGUGUUUGUAGAAAACUAUUUGGACCGGUCGACCACGACGAACUCAGCCGCGAGUUAAAGGCGAAGCUUAGGGAAAUCUCUGAACGAGACCAGCGCCGGUGGAAUUUCAACUUCGAGGGGGACACUCCAAUGCCUGGGAUUUACGAAUGGGAGGGGAUGUCCAAGGAUUCAACGCCUGCUUUCUACCAGGAGUCGACUAAAGUUGGGGGAAUGAAGGUUGUUACGUUAGACCUGAACCCUGAUUUCACCUCUGAGGUUGUCCCUGAACACUUGCGUGGUUGCUGCCAUAACAAAACUCCUACGUCAGUCUGGGAGCAUACGGUAAUUCCCCCCAACGAGGUUAACCAAGAGAAUUGCUCCAAUUCCCAAAAUACGAGAAAAUGUAACACCAAGGCAACAUCGUGUGUUCGGCGUACGAGGUCGAAGACAACAUAUUCUGAACGUGAUGUCAACGUCUCUCAAAUUACAGAUUAUUUUCCAAAGAGAAGAAGGUCUACAUCUGAGAUUAAAAUCAGCCAGCACAAUUCUUCCCUCUCAAUUCCUCUUGAACAAACUCCACGGAAAGCAAAAAUUAUUCGAUGAAGUUCACGGACGGCUUAAGACUUCAAAUAGCCAAUUUGCAAUUGUCAAGUGAAAUACACCACCUUAUCUUGAUCUAUGUUAAUGGAAAAAUAAUAAUGUAUUGUUUCAUCUUUCAAUUUGUCUUAAAUUAUUGUUUUAUUUAUUUUAUUUAUAUUUCGUUUAUAUUUAUUUUUGUUUAAUCAUUGACGCAGAAGCCAUUGAGUUAUGUUUUUUGACUUUACUGUUUUGAAUAUUCCGUUAAAGACAAUUAAAACUAUUUUGUUUACA